AUGUCCAGUGUGAGUUGUACAACUAACAAACUUUUAGUAACCAAUACGAUGGCAACGACGGCAGCAACAAAGCUUUUGAAAUUUCAAAAUAUCGCGCCAGCACCUCCUCACGCCAGUGAGGAGUCUAAAUUACGUAAAUAUACUCAACGUUCUGUGCCUUAUAAUAACGAUCAAACUCAAUCAGUACUAAGACGUAACGCUCGCGAACGUAAUCGUGUUAAACAAGUGAAUAAUAGUUUUGCUCGUUUACGUCAGCAUAUACCGCAAACAAUAAUUGCCGAUUUAACUAAGGGUGGUGGUCGUGGUCCGCAUAAAAAAAUUAGUAAAGUCGACACUUUACGUAUAGCCGUUGAAUAUAUACGACGUUUACAAGACCUACUUGAUGAUUUGAAUGGUGCUGUCAUUACAUCGAACAAUAAUUCCGUCAACAUUUCGAACAAUCUUAGCUAUACGUCGCCAGUAGUCAAUAGUUGUAAAACAAGCAGCAACAAUAGCAACAGCAACAGCACCAGCACCAGCAGCAGCAAUAACAAUGUUAAUAGUACAGCAGAUAAUAAUUUUAUUAAUUCAAAUACAAGUGCAACGUCAUCCCUAUCAACGGGCAUUAAUAAUACUUCACUUUAUUAUACUCAUUCCACCAGCGGCGCAAAUUCGAACAAUAACAGUAACUUACAAUCCUUAUUAGAAGCGUCAAAUGCUGUUCAGCAAUUGAAUUUUAAUCAGAGUACCACAUUAUUAUCCCCGGUAUCGUUAAGUUCAUAUUCGCCGCAACAUAAUACGCAAUUGGAUAAUGAUUGCAAUUCACCCACUUCCUCCUUCAAUUCAAGUUUAUCUUUCGAUUCGGGUACAUAUCAUGAUCAUCAUAAUAUAGACUCAACUCAGCAGUCGUCGCAACAACAACAACAACAACAACAACAACGGCAACAACAACAUCAACAACAGCAUGAGCAACAGCAACAGCAACACCAUCAUCAACUUAAUGCUCAUUUACAACUGAAAUUCGAGCCGUAUGACAAUUUUCAGUUAAACGACGACGAUUGCACACCAGACGAUGAGGAAAUUUUGGAUUACAUUUCUUUAUGGCAGGAUCAGUAA